GACAAGGACGCGGGAGAAGGCAAGUUCCUUUUUCCUCGCCGUCUGCUCGACAACAUACAGACAGAAUAAAUCUCCGGCUUGCUGAUCUGGCCUCGUCCGGACCCGCUCUGGCUCGUUCGGGCGGACGCUGGGCGCACUUACAGUGAGCGAGCACAUACGCCCGCCCACACACACACAAGCACCAGUACACGCUGCGUUUCUCCUGUCCACGGCUCCCUCGCACGGCCUCGCUCCCUCACGCAUUGCACACACAUGCCUUCAUCAUACAACGACGCUCCACCACCGACCAGCCCAGUCUCGUUCGCACGCUGGUAGCCCCCCCAAGAAAAGCGGUGUGCAGCCGGUGCAAGUGUCGCGCUGCUGUGGUUUGUGGUCGUGUCGUGAUACGGUGGGCAAGAAAGGCUUUGCCUGAUCUCCAAGAAUCUAAACCGCCCUGGCCUCUUUCGCGCCUGCUACGGCCACAUUCGUACGCCAUAAUCUAGCCAGCAUACGUUUCUCUCUUGCUUUCCAGCUCCCUCUUGGCUGUUUGCCAUCGUCGUCCACUCGCUUGAUCUUCACAAAACCAUUUUUUGGUCCCUGCGUUCGCUUGUGCUGCUCAGCCUGGUUGCCUUUCUCACCCUUGGCGCUGGCAAGACAGGAAGAGAGACGGAAAAAAAAGAGCUGGGCAUCGUAUACGAGGGGCAGCGGCCCGUUUUGGAAGCUAUAUUUACGAACCCGCGGCAGGCGUUUCAGAACCGACAAGACGACAUCAUCGUCUUGUACGGCCAACAAACGUCACCGCUUGCUCUUGAGGUGCCGUUCUCCACCCGCACACGCGUACACGAAACCUUGCCGUCGCUCCCGCAUCCCACCCCAUCAUGAGCUCUGGCAGCAACGUGGGGAUGGAUCAGCUUUUGCCCUCCGUCACUCCACCCAUACCGCAGCCUGCGCCAGCCUACCUCGAUGCUCAGCAGCGCGACGUCGACAGUGUCUCUUCGCCCAAUCAGCCCCCCCUCUACAGCACGCCUAACUUCAUGCGAAUGUCCUCCAUAGAGCGGAAACCGAUCGGCGGCAAUGGUGGAAGAGGCCCUGUGUCGCUGCCGGCCCGGUACAAGAACAACCCUCCACCAGCCGCGCCGAACGACGGCAACAAUCACGCCGCCGCGUCGCCCGCAGCCAACCGUGGCUCGCAGAUUUCGGUCACGCCAAGCGUAGAUGGCCAGUCCGUCGACUCGAGAGAGCUGCAGACGCCGGAGCCGGGACACUACAGGGACUCUACCUAUUCAAUGCCGCCCACUCAAAGUAUCCCGACCCACCACGGACAUAUAAGAGAUCCCUCGGAGAGCAUAGCGCCCUCGGAGGUGGGGGAGAUCUCGUCGACAAACACGCCGAUGCAGAGCCAGCUUGGCUUUGACGCGCACACGGGGCGUCACGACGAAAUAAGAGAAGAAGACAAUGAAGAUGCACAGGCGGAGAUGUAUCCCCAGCUGCAGUAUUUUCACCAGCCACCCCGAAUACGUAGCGAGCACAAUGGCGCCGGUUCUCCUGUGCCGGAGAUCAACUUGCCUGUGGAAGACCUGCAGAGACCAAGAUCGACCCUGACGGUCGGUUCGGGCUCGGAUGGUUCGCACGGCGCUCGUCGGUCGCGGCUGUCCGUCGCUGGAUCCAUUUCACCGGGAGGCUCGCCCGCGCAACAGGGCCGCAAUUUCUCACGGCACCGACACUCGCCGGACAACAGGCCCCUGUCGUACGUAGAUCUGCUUUCCAUGCCGUACGCACAACAAGUAGCGCCCGGUGCAUCGCUGAAUAAUUCCGUGCUCAAGAACGCCGUCGGAAGCAACGCCUCGCUGUUGGACCACAGCAAAACCUUGGAGAUGUACCGUCAGAACGUCAAGAAGACCUCGGACCCUGCCGUGCAGUAUGAAUUUGCCGUGUUCAUGGUGCAGAUCGCCAUGGAGAUGCCCCCGGACGAACGAGGUGGCCCUAACUCGCGUGAAGACAUGCUCAAGGAAGCGAAGCACAUUCUGCACAAGCUCGCCGACAGGAGCUACCCGUUUGCGCAGUACUACCUUGGCGACGGCUACUCCUCUGGCCUGUUCAACAAGGGCAAGGAGGACUAUGACCGUGCCUUCCCUUUAUUCGUCGCCGCAAGCAAGCACGGACAUGCCGAGGCGGGUUAUCGCGCUGCGCUGUGCUACGAGUUUGGAUGGGGUUGCCGCAAGGACUACGCCAAGGCCGUGCAGUUCUACCGCGCGUCUGCGUCAAAGAACCAUCCUGGCGCGGCGACACGGCUCGGCAUGGCCUGCUUGGAGGGCACGAUGGGCCUGACGAACCACUAUCGUGAAGGCAUCAAGUGGCUGAAGCGGGCGACGGAAUCGGCAGACAUGCAAUACAACGCCGCGCCAUACGAGCUAGGCCGCCUACACGAGAACGGGUAUGGCGACGACGUGUUCAAGGACGAGGUGUACGCCGCCCAAUUGUUCACAAAAUCGGCCGAACUCGGCCAUCCAGAAGCGAACCUGGUCAUGGGCAAGGCAUACGAGUAUGGCUUGCUGAAGUGCCCGAAGGACGCGGCACUCAGCAUUCACUUCUACAAUGGCGCAGCGCAGGCUGGACUUCCGGAAGCAAUGAUGGCUCUGUGCGCAUGGUACCUUUUCGGGGCGGAGCCCAUCCUUGCCAAGGAUGAGAACGAGGCAUUCGCCUGGGCGCUCCGCGCUGCCGAGCUAGGCUAUGCUAAAGCAGAGUAUGCCGUCGGCUACUUCAAAGAGAUCGGUAUUGGCACGCGGCAGGACGCUCUCGAGGCGAACGUCUGGUACGUGCGUGCCGCGCAGCAGGGUGAAGAGCGGGCCAAGCAGCGGCUCGCUAUCAUCCAAGAUGCAGCAUCUGGAGGCACAGGGCAGAAUGUGCUGGCCAAUGGCGAGAAGCCGAAGACCAAGAAAGGGCUGUUUGGGAAGCUAGGCAUGAAAGAUUGAGGAGGGGGGAGAAGAGCGACAUGUAGUGAGCGUUUUUUUUUUUUGCGAACCAGUUCUGUUAACGUGUGCAUAAGCAUCUCUACAGGAGGAAGCAACCGUCGUCGUUUAGAUAGACAUGCCGCCCGAGGCGGCUACGGCAGCGGCGACGAGGCUGUGUGAUCAGAAAGAGACGCGCACAAGACACUGAGGGGGAUGGCGGUGGAACUAUUUUGAACGCACUUUAUUUUUCUCGCAUCGAGGCAUUGCAUAAACGUGGCGCAACGGACCAACAUUUUGAUUUUGAUGAUUAUGUAAGGGGCACUGCGCAGCAAAUAUGUCUCCUCUUCUUCCCUUCUCCCUUUCGCCUCAUACAUCACAAUCACUCCCAUCCUUGCUCACCCUUGGAGACUGAGAGAACCAGAAGCACGCUUUAUGAUUGGUAAUCUCAACAUCCGUAUCCAAGUCAUCAAUCGCUCUUGUGGACAGGGGAGAGGCCGAAAGUGGACUCGGGAUAUUGGACAGUUGGAUUUGGGAGAAUAGGAGAGGGAGAAAGGCUAUUGAUAACUCGCUGCUCUGUUCUUUUUUUUUCGAUAGCAAAUACAAUAAUGGUAAUGCCGAAGGGGGGCAAGUGUUUUCCAGUGAAAAGGUGGUCUACACCGCCGGCGUUACCGUCC